CGACGAGAGCAUCGACGCGCACGAGUGUACCGACACUCCCAUAAUGAAUCCAGUGAAUGGGCUCCCGGCGACGCCUUCUCUUUGGCAGGAGGCUCGCAAUGCGGAUGGAAGACCUUACUACUACAAUGUUCAAACCAAGGCCACGCAAUGGCAAAAGCCCUUGGAUUUGAUGACGCCCGUCGAGCGAGCUCUAUCAAAUCAGCCAUGGAAGGAAUAUACCGCCGAAGGUGGACGAAAAUACUGGUACAAUACGGAGUCCAAGCAAAGCACUUGGGAGAUGCCCGAUGUUUACAAGACUGCUUUGGCACAGGCACAACCCGCCCAAGCCCCACCAGCAGCGGCCCCGACGUUUGUCGCAGGUGGCGGCAAUUCAUUUCCCUCGUACCCUCAGCAGCGGGAGCGCGACGACUUCGACCGAGGUUACGGUGAUCGACGUGGUGGCUACGGUUCAAACGAUAUGAACGGAUUCGUUGCUGCAUCUAUACCGGGGGCCGCGCAAACGGAGCCCGAAUAUGGCUCGCUUGAGGAGGCUGAGAGCGCGUUCAUGAAGAUGCUCAAACGCCACAAUGUGCAAGCCGAUUCGACCUGGGAGCAAACCAUGCGUACAGUGAUCAAGGAUCCUCAGUACCGGGCUCUGAAAGAUCCCAGAGACCGCAAAUCAGCUUUUGAGAAAUAUGCGGUCGAGGUUCGCAUGCAGGAGAAGGACCGAGCGAAAGAAAGAUUCGCUAAGCUGAGAGCAGAUUUCAAUACUAUGUUGAAGCGCCACCCAGAGAUUAAACACUACAGUCGCUGGAAGACCAUUCGCCCGAUCAUCGAGGGCGAGACCAUCUUCCGGUCUACGAGCGAUGAAAGCGAGAGGCGCCAGCUCUUCGAGGAGUAUGUUCUUGAGCUGAAAAAAGAGCACCACGAGCAGGAAUCUGCCAACCGCAAAGCCGCCAUGGAUGAGCUCGUCAAUAUAUUGAACUCGUUGGACCUGGAACCUUAUACGCGCUGGUCAGAGGCGCAGGCCAUCAUUCAAUCUAAUGACAAGGUCCAAGGUGACGAUAGAUUCAAAUCCUUGAGCAAAUCUGACAUUUUGACUGCGUUUGAGAAUCACAUCAAAUCUCUUGAGCGAGCUUUUAACGAUGCGCGCCAGCAACAAAAGGCCGCCAAGGCCAGAAAAGAACGCCAUGCUCGUGAACAGUUUGUCGACCUGUUGAAGGAGCAACGGUCUCAGGGUAAAAUCAAAGCCGGUAGCAAGUGGAGCAAUCUCUACCCGGUCAUUCGCGAGGACCCCCGUUACCAGGGCAUUCUAGGUAACUCUGGCUCUUCGCCCCUAGAUCUCUUCUGGGACGUAGUCGAGGAGGAAGAGCGAACGCUGCGAGGACCUCGAAAUGAUGUCUUGGAUGUUCUUGACGAUAAACGAUUCGAGGUCACGGCGAAGACCACUUUUGAAGAGUUCAACUCCGUUGUCUCUGAUGAUCGCCGAACAGCUAACAUGGACCCCGAAAUUCUCGAGCUCCUAUUCCAGCGCAUUCAGGACAAAGCAAUCCGAAGAACCGAGGAAGAAAAGCAUGCGGCAGAUCGUCACCAGCGACGCGCGGUCGAUGCUUUGCGCUCUCGGAUUAAACGUUUAGAACCCCCGAUCCGGGCCACCGAUACUUGGGACCAAGUACGACCUCGUGUGGAAAAGUUCGAGGAAUACAAGACCAUUGAGUCUGAUGAGGCCCGUCAAUCCGCUUUUGAUAAGGUUAUCCGCCGUCUGAAAGAGAAGGAGGAAGACGCCGACCGGGACCGGGAAUCGCGCGACAAAGAUCGUGGAAGCCGUCGUGACUACGACCGCAGCGACCGGGAUUACCGUAGCGGGGCAUCCUACAGAGGCGAACGACGAGGGGCUUCCAGUCGGCACAGCCGCACCCCCGAGCCAGAUGCUUACGAAGCGGAUCGCCGCAAGGCUCAGGCAGACCGGGAAAGAUCCUACCGGAAGGCAAGUGGCUUGUCUCCAGUCCGAGAGAGACGGGAAGAGCGCGACCGCGAGAGAGAUCGCGACAGGGACCGUUACCGUGAGCGUGAGCGCGAUCGGGAUUGGGAGCGGGAAAGAAGCUCCCGCUCUCUCAGCCACUAUGGACGUGACCGCCGAGAGCGAGAAGAUGAGCGCGAGCGGAUGUAUCGCGCCCGGGGUGAUCCGCGUGGCAAUCGCGACGAGCUCGACUACGGCGCCGACACCCGAAGCACCGUCAGCAACGACCGCCGGCGCAGACGGGACAGCGAUGCAGAGAGCGUCGCCAGUCGCUCUGCUAAGCGGUAUCGCCGCGACAGUCGUGAGCGCGAGCGCAGUCGAGGCGCCAGAAGAGAUCGGGAGCGUCGCGAACGUACCCCGGCUACUAUUGCCGAAGACGCGAAGAAAGAAGAGAAGGCAGUACACUCUGGUAGCGAGGAGGGAGAGAUCGAGGAGGAUUAGAGCAUGUCAACUAAUAGCAAUUACUGUACGCGUGAGGGUAUCUACGAUCAACUUCAACUAUGCACAAACAGGAAUAAAU